UUAGUAUUUACAAUUUUAAUAGAUAUGGAGUCGACAUUUUAUUACUUUCCUGGUCAAACACCAGAAAACACAAAAAUCUCGGACAGAAGUCAUGCACUACAUGUUACCUCGGACGCAUGGAAACGAAUCACCGGACAUUUGGACAGACGCAAACUGAUUCAAGAGGCAAUCGACAAAGAAGUCGCUUAUAAAAAAGCUUUAAAAGAUGGUUCUUAUGCUAUGACAUGUACUUGGGAGAAUUCAGUGGAGAAUGUCAGACGCAGAAAAGAGGAAGAACGCAUACGCAAAAUCGCCGAGCUUGAAGACAAUAAGUUCAAAGGUUACUACAAAGUACGCGUGGAGCAGGAAGCCAAAAGAAAACAGUUUGAAGAACAAGUCCAGAAAAGACUAUUCACGUCCACCGGUUACCCGAGACAAAUAAACUACGGUCUUCUUACAUGCGAAGUAAUCAGAGAUAGAGAGUUGCAAUUAGAGUUGAAGAAACGAUUGGCCGAGGAUGAAGAGAAUAUGAUUGUGGAGGAGAAAAAGAAAAUAGACGAAGGAGCAGUACAAGAAAAAUUAGAAAAUGCUGAAAAGGCAAAGAAGAUAUUCGAGAAGAAUGUUAAAUGGGCUAAAGAAUUGCAACUGACGAUUGAAGCCAGAAAGGAACAUGAAGCAUUAGUAAAAUUACAAAAUCUAGAAAGAGAAGCUCUUGAUAACAUAGAGGCUGCGAAAGAGAUGCAGGAGGUUGAGGAAGCAACAAAAGCAGAAAAACUUCGAAGAAUUAAAGAAGUUAGAAAUGAAAAAAAGAAAUAUAUGGAAGAGAAAAAUGCGAUAACAGGCAAACGUGCCAAGGAAGAUAGGGAGUUAGACGAAGUAAUCCAUGUAUUUAGAACAACAAAGGAAAAAAUGAACUGCUUUAUAAAAAAAAGAGAACGCAUGUUUAGGGAGACUUUCAAAAAACGAAGCGAAUUGCUUGCUGAAAAAUUGGGAGAAUUUCAUGGUAAUCGGGAAGAACGUUACAACUUCACUGAAAAGGAUCCAUAUGGAGAAAGAGCAAUGGCUUUGGCAGAGAAAAAGGAAUCUCUUAAACAGCAAUUGUUACAAGAAGUACUGGAAGGUCGAAAAAAACAGGUGGAAGAAAUUGAUAAAUUAAGAGCUCAAGAACAAGAUGUGAAAAAAUAUGAAAUGUUAAACCGUUACAAAACAAAUGAAGUAUUAAAACAGUACGAAGAAGAACAAAGAGCCAAGGCAAGAGAAGCAGUCUUGAAAUACAAAGCGGAACUGGAGAAACAAAUUGAGGAAGAUCGAAUGCAAAAAGUUGAGAAGGAAGAUGAAUUACCAUAUGGCAAAGAUUAUGAAGAGGAAGACCGAAAGUUCUUUGAAUACGCGAAUGAUACUUUGCAACUUGCGAAAGAUAAAGGAUACAACACGUACCCCAUCGAAAGUGUUAUAAAAGCUUAUAAAAAAGAAAAUGUAUUAGACCUGAAAGAGAAUAAAAGGCUAUGUGAAGAUACAUAUGCUAAAAAGCCAGUUGAUUUAGUCCAAGUGAAAAAAAUAUUCAAAAACAAAAAUCCAUGUAAAUGUUGCAGAAAUGAAUAAAACUAUUAUUAUACAUUGCAAAAA